AUGGCAAGAAAUCGCAUUAUCCAUCUCUGUUCUUCACAAUCCAAUCUUUUAAAGGUCAGAUAUUUUUCAUCUUUUCAUCUAGUUUCUUCAUCUAAGAAUCAACCCCAUUAUUUUUCAUCACAGACCCACAAAUCCUUUUCCUUUAAUUCCCCUAAAUUAGCCCAUUUCAAUAAACUCCCCUGUUUUUUUCAAGAUUUUAGGGCUUUUAGUUUAAAUCCAAGAUUAUAUUGUACCCAUGAUAAUAGUAAUGAUAUUAAUGAUAAUGAAGUUAAUAGUGAUGUAAUUGAAACAAAAAGUGAGGGACUUGGACAUGUUGCAACCACUGAUCCUGUCGAACUUUAUCGUAAGCUUCGAGAUGGUCCGGUUUCAAGAAAAUUAGAGUUAGAUGAGUGGGAACGGCUUACGGAGAUUUUUAGGUAUUUUUCGAAGUCUGGUUGGGCUUCAAAUCAGGCUUUGGCUAUAUAUAUUAGUGCUGCUUUUUACCCAACUGCUGCUCAUAAUUUUAGGAAUUUUUUCUUUAAGAAAUGUGAUCGGGCUCUAGUCGAGCAUUUGUUGUGUUUAGGUCCUGGUAAUGAAGCUGAGAGGUUUCUUUUUCCGAUUUUUGUUGAGUAUUGUUUGGAGGAGUUCCCUGAUGAGAUUAAGAAGUUUAGGGCGAUGAUUUCGUCUGCAGACAUGACAAAACCUGAGACGUGGUUUCCUUUUGCUAGGGCUAUUAAGCGUAAGAUUAUAUAUCAUUGUGGCCCGACUAAUAGUGGGAAAACUUAUAAUGCGUUGCAAAGAUUUAUGGAAGCGAAAAAGGGUAUUUAUUGUAGUCCUCUUCGACUUUUGGCUAUGGAGGUUUUUGAUAAGGUGAAUUCGUUAGGUGUGUAUUGUAGUUUGCUUACGGGUCAGGAAAAGAAGUAUGUUCCUUUUGGAAAUCAUACUGCUUGCACUGUUGAAAUGGUUUCUACAGAGGAGUUAUAUGAGGUGGCUGUUAUUGAUGAGAUUCAAAUGAUGUCAGAUGAUUAUAGAGGGUAUGCUUGGACACGCGCUUUGCUUGGUUUACAGGCUGACGAGAUACAUUUAUGUGGGGAUCCAAGUGUGCUUGGUAUUGUCAGAAAGAUUUGUGCAGAAACUGGCGAUGAUCUGAUUGAAAAUCACUAUGAAAGAUUCAAACCGUUGGUGGUUGAAGCCAAGACUUUAUUAGGAGAUAUUAGAAAUGUUCGUUCGGGUGAUUGUGUUGUUGCCUUUUCAAGAAGAGAGAUUUUUGAGGUGAAAGUAGCUAUUGAAAAGCAUACAAAUCAUAAAUGUUGUGUUAUUUAUGGAGCAUUGCCACCCGAGACGCGUAGGCAUCAAGCUAACUUGUUUAAUGAACAAGGUAACGAGUAUGACAUUUUGGUGGCAAGUGAUGCAGUAGGAAUGGGGUUAAAUCUCAAUAUAAGACGAGUCGUCUUUUAUAGUCUUUCAAAGUACAACGGCGACAAAGUUGUGCCUGUUCCUGCAUCACAAGUUAAGCAGAUUGCAGGUCGGGCGGGUCGUAGAGGAAGUAUAUAUCCAGACGGGCUUACAACCACGUUACACUUGGAAGAUUUGGACUACUUGAUUGAGUGCUUACAAAAAGAUUUUGAUGUAGUAAAAAAAGUGGGUCUCUUCCCAUUUUUUGAACAAGUUGAGUUAUUUGCUGGUCAGCUAGCUGACAUUACAUUUGCUCAACUUCUUCAAAAAUUUGGGGAAAACUGUCGUCUGGAUGGUUCUUACUUUUUAUGUAAACACGAUCAUAUAAAGAAGGUUGCUAAUAUGCUGGAGAAAGUUGAAGGACUCUCUCUUGAAGACCGUUUUAACUUUUGUUUUGCUCCCGUUAAUAUUAGGGAUCCAAAAGCGAUGUUUCAUUUGUUAAGAUUUGCCCAAUCGUAUUCUCAGAAUGUGCCUGUUAGUUUAGCUAUGGGAAUGCCAAAAAGCUCUGCUAGAAAUGACACAGAGUUAUUAGAUCUUGAAAGUAAGCAUCAAGUCGUCUCUAUGUAUUUGUGGCUGUCGAAUCACUUCAAGGAUGAUACUUUUCCAUAUGUUAAGAAAGCUGAGGCUAUGGCAACAGAUAUUGCCGAAUUAUUAGGUGAAUCUCUCAUUAAAGCCAACUGGAAACCGGAAUCAAGAAAUCAAGGCAAGAAGAAUGAUAAAGAGGAUGGUUAUGAGAGGCCUAGAUCGUUGGUUAAGAUUCAAGAGAAGAAAAGGCAAGAAAAGGAGUCACAAUCUGUAGUGAAAGUGACUGCAUAGGAUCCUGUAUGCUGGAUGCAUCCCGUUUGCUUGGUUUUCGAUGUCCUAAUGCAUUCGUAGUUGGGAAAGAUUAAAGUCAUUUAUAGUAUAACAUACGUGCUACGACAACUCUCCGAGGUUAAAGUUUGGACAAAAGAGCGUUGGUGAUAAUACAAGCAACCCCUUUAAGCCAACAUUUUAUUUUAUUUAAUUAUUACCAUAAAACAUUAGUCAGUUGGUCGAGAAGGGAUUACUUAUAAAAUUAGAGAUGAAACCCAGAGAUAUUUAGAGGUUUUAGUUAUUACAUUUAGUGCUACGUAUAGAUUUAGAAUUUAUUGUUCUAUGCAAUGAUUCUGAUAUGGUACUCGAAUGAAGAAUCCGAUUUUAUUA